AUGUAUGUGCCAGUAUGUGAAAGACAAAAAAUUGCAUUGGUGUGUCAAAAAUGGAAAAGAGUCCUUGAUUCUUGCGGUAAUGUCAAAAAACUUGAACUAACUCAUUGGGAAUAUGAUGAGGAUUCAUCUUACUUGACAGCUUAUCGUCAUUGUAACAUUGUGCCAGUUAUUAAUGAAUGUUGUCCAAACCUUAUGGAACUUCGAUUGAGAUUCACCUUCAUUGACGAUGUGUUAUUAUAUAAUGCAUUUUCACGUCUAUCUAAGCUCAAAGUAUUAGCAAUUAUAUUUCAAGACAUUAAUGAUGAAUUUAUACCUCUUAAUCUAAUCUAUUCAUUAAGAAACGUUGCUGAUACAUUGACUGAUCUGGUUCUGUUAAGCUGGAAAAAAAAAGAGUGUGGCUACUGUAUUUUUCCAGAAGAAACUGAUUGUAUAGACUAUCAGAUUCAUGAUUAUUCAUACGCCAAAAAUAUAAUAAUUGACCAUCUCAAUGAUGAUUGUCUGGCUGAAAUAUUCAUGUAUGUGCCAGCAUGUGAAAGACCAAAAAUUGCAUUGGUAUGUCAAAAAUGGAAAGGAGCCCUUGAUCAUUCUUGGAGUAAUGUCAAAAAACUUGAACUCACUUACUGGGAAUAUGAUGAGUAUCCAACUUGUUUAAAGAAAUAUCCAACACUCGAUGGACAAUUUACUUUUUUGAAAACACUGAUAUAUAAAUGUGGUCGUUAUUUAACAAAAUUAGACUUGACAGCUUAUAGUCAUUGUAACAUAGUGCCAGUUAUUAAUGAAUAUUGUCCAAACCUUGUGGAACUUCGAUUGAGAUUCACCUCCAUUGACCGUGUGAUAUUAUAUGAUGCAUUUUCACGUCUAUGCAAGCUUAAAGUAUUAGCAAUUAUAUUUCAAAAUUUCAAUGAUAAAUUUGUACCUCAUAUUUUAAUCUACUCAUUAAAAAACGUUGCUGAUACAUUGACUGAUUUGAUUCUGUUAAAUUGGAAAGAAAAAGAGCGUGACUCCUGCCAAUUUUCAGAAGAAACCAUUUGUGUGAUUCGUGAAUUGAAGGCUCUGAAAAGAGUUGAUAUUAGUGGUAUAAUACCUACCGAAGAUCUUCGCGAAUAUCUGUAUGAUAAGAUAUGA